AUGUCGGCUGAAACCACAUUGCUCCCUCGUGGACUGGUGUUCAUUCCUCCCCUCCAUUCAUAUACAACACCCUGCCCGCCCGUAGUUGCCCGCGCCCGUGACAUCGUUUCCUUUCUUCAUUUACAUCGUUUUCCAAAAGCUUCCAAAAUGUCAUACGCGUCCUCACAAGCGCCCCAUACUCCAAAGCUCUCGGGGACACACGGGCCAACUGAACAAUCCGAGGAGGUCAAACCCCACGACGUCACCACCAUCUUGAAUUACUUCAAAGAUAAUGACGAUGACUCAGCCGCCAUACAGAGGACGGUCGAUAGCGGAGCAGAAACAUACGCCAGUAAAUUCGAGCCGCAAAAAAGCGUCAUCCAUGACAUCCGUGGUAACGAGUCUCAAUACACUUUAGAUGUUCAGGGAUUCCAAAUCGUUGGCCAUGAUAGCAAGGAAAAGUGUUUUCUCGAUGACGAGCAUGUUCGAAACAUCUACUACCCCGAAACAGAAGAACUACUGAAGAAAGUCACUGGGGCUUCCAAAGUCUUCAUCUUCAACCACACCAUCCGCUGCGGUCCUCUCAGCAAGGCCCACCGCCACCGCGGUCCUGUUCACCGAGUCCACAUCGACGUAUCAUAUGUCGGGGCCCACAGGCGCGUCUCUCAUUAUUUCCGUGAUAACGAAGCCAGGCUUGCUGCUCUGCUCAAAGGACGGUACCAAAUCAUCAAUGUCUGGCGGCCUAUCAAGAAUAUCUUGAAAGACCCUCUUUGUGUCGCAGACGCUGGCUCUGUUCCAGAAUCAGACUUGGUUCCAAUCAAAUUGCUCUUUCCCCCAGAUGUUGUGACGGCAAUGACGACGAGUGAACCGAUUCAUUCCGUGAUGGGGGCAGCAGCAAAUCCGAAGCACAAGGUAGAUAGUACGGAUGGAGAGACAUUUUCUGUGAGAGCGAAUCCGGGGCACAUGUGGUAUUAUCUGUAUAGACAGGCGACCGACGAAGUGUUGUUGAUCAAGUGUUUUGACUCCAAGACGGACGGGAGCGUAGCUCGGAGGGCGCCGCAUACGGCCUUUGUGAACAAGGAGCAUGAGGAUGAGCCUGAGAGGGAGAGUAUUGAAUUGAGAACGCUCGUGUUCUAUUCGGAUGACACUGAGUGA